AUGGAGGACACCGAUAGAACCAUCUCCCGUUUAUGGAGAUCAUUUAAAACCGUCAAGGAAAUGGUCAGGGACAGAGUAUGUACACAAGAUUAAUUUGUUUGUAUUGAUUGUAAAGAAGUAUACUAAUAUAAACUAGGGAUACUACAUCACACAAGAAGAAAUCGAUAUGUCAUUAGCUGAAUUCAGAUCUAGAAUUUGUGAUAGUAUGAACGUUCCACAAAGAAAGUUGAUGUGUUUCCAAGCAAACCCAACUGCUGAAUCAUUGGAAAAAUUUCCAGAUUUAGGAUCAUUAUGGGUUGAAUUCUGUGACGAAGCUUCCGUUGGUAUUAAGACCAUGAGAAAUUUCUGUAUCCACAUCAGUGAAAAGAACUUCAGCACAGGGAUCUUCAUUUACCAAUCAUCCAUCACCCCUAGUGCCAACAAGUUGAUUCCUACCGUUUCACCAGCAUCGAUUGAGACUUUCCAAGAGGGUGAUUUAGUGGUUAACAUCACACAUCACGAUUUGGUUCCAAAGCAUAUCAAGUUAGCCAGAGAUGAAAAGAAAGAAUUGUUAGAAAGAUAUAGAUUGAAGGAAUCACAAUUGCCUAGAAUUCAAAGAGAAGACCCAGUCGCUCGAUACUUGGGAUUGAAAAGGGGUGAAGUAGUCAAAAUUAUUAGGAGAUCUGAAACCUCGGGUCGUUAUGCUUCCUAUAGAAUUUGUUUGUAA